AACGUGUACAGGAAGGCUUAUGAGAUGUCCAAAGGCCAGCCGACCGCCUUCAUCUCUGAUACUCCUGAAAUGAUUCGCAUCAGGAAGGCUCAGGAGCAGCUCAGCGAGGUUAAAUACCGCAUGGAGGGCAAUAAGACUCGGACAACCAGCAUGUACGGUGCCGAGGCCAGAGAGAUCGCCCACGUCAAGCACGUGUCCGAGCUGAUCAGCAAGGUUCUGUACAGACAGAAGUGGGAUGAGACUAAGGACCGGUACCUGCUGCCGCCUGACGCUCCUGAGCUGGUGCUGGCUGUGAAGAACGCUGCUAACUACAGCAAG